AAUACAAAACGGGGGGCGUAUUUUGAGAUUUGGGUCAGUACGAGAGUGGUCAGGCGUAUCGUACUAACCGAGAUGGCUCCGCCGGCCGUAGGUCCCAAGUCGCCGCCGAAGAUUGUGUCGAGUCCCCAGGAGCUUGCCAUCCAGCUAGGCCAGCCUUUGUCUCUUACCUGUGGGGUGCAGGGCAACCCUCGCCCGACCGUUACCUGGUACUUCAACGGCAAGGAGGCAGCCGGCCUCGCGGGCAACCGUAUCGUAGAGAAAGGCAACAACGUUAGCCUCGAGAUCGGCCGCUUCGACGUACCGUGCUUUGGGAAUUACCUUUGCGUUGCCUGGAACGAACUCGGAGAGGCUAAGUUCACCUUAGCGCUUGGCGAACAAGCGGGCCAACUUGCCUCGUCUGGAGAAAGACUUGAGCCGCCCGAUCUUAAGGACUGGGAUUUCGUUAAGAAGGAAGCGGGUGGCAACCUUAGUGUCGAGUUCAAGUGUAGAGCAACCGGUCAGCCACCGCCGGACGUUCUUUGGUACAGAGGAGCCAGAAAGCUACGUUCGGACGCAGACUUCACUGUGACGUAUGAGAAGGGAGAAGUCAGUUUCCUCAUCAAGAAAGUCAACAAGUCUUCGUCUGGAGAGUACAAGUGUGUGGCGUCUAACCCGGCUGGAAAGUCCACCACUACAGCCAGACUUGCGGUCAAAGAACAACUAGUAGGAGGAAAGGUUCGCUAUAUCAUUGAUGACAUCUCUACUGCUGCUUCUCUAAACGGUGCUCCACAAGCUCAAUCAGCGCAGGCGCAGACGACUGCAGGAGAACCGGCUCAGGCCAAAGCGUCUGUAGCCAAAUCUGCAACAGCUGCACAAGAAGGCGCACCGCAGAAACCUGCAGCACAAGAUAAGGCAGCAGCACCAGCAGCAGCAAAACCAGCAGCAGGAGGAGGAAGCAUGGCUGCUGCUAUUGUAGAGAAGCCGGAAGAGCUGCAUGGCAUUGAUGGGCAGCCCCAGGAAUUCAGGAUCAAGGUAUCCGGGGAUCCACAUCCGACUAUCCAAUGGCAGAAGGGCAAAUUUCUGAAGAUCAAAGAAGGUCCUCGUUACUCUGUGUUUUUUGACGAGGAAACUAAGGAAGAUGUUAUGCUCAUCAAGGAACUGCGGCCUGCCGAUGCAGGGACCUACAAAUGUAACGUUUACAACCCUGGUGGACAAGCAAACUGCGCAGUGGUCCUCCAUGUCAAAGAUAGGAAGGACAUUUCUGAAGAGGAGGUCCUGAAGAUUCUGGAGAAGACGGACCCUAAAGACUACGAGCGCGUGGCUCUAAUGUACGGCAUCACUGACUUCAGAAACCUACUCAAACACGUCCACAUCAAGAAGAAAAAGCCUGCAGAAAUCGUGAAGGAGCUGGAGGAUGUUGAAGGGCAGGAAGAGAAGGAAGUCACGCUUAUGGCAGAAGUCAUCAUCAACGAUAAAGACCUGAAACCGGAAUGGGAGAAGAACUUGGACAUCCUCACUCCUGGACAGAAGUACAAGAUGGAACACAAGGGAAACCUGGUCAUGCUGACCAUCAAUAACCUCCGACAUGAUGACGAAGGCAAAUACAAGCUCGUAGUCGGUGACUGCGUUUCCCACGCCAUGCUUGCUGUCAGAAAGGCCCCAGCUAGGUUCCGAGGGCUGAUGAAGGGAUGCACGGUGUUUCUCCAUGAGCGUGCGGAGUUCACGGUGGAGGUUUCUCGGCCUGACGCCGAGCUCCAAUGGUUCUUCAAGGGAAAACCCAUCGACUUCAAGUCAAAACGCUAUACCAUGGAGACCAUGGGAAACCGCCGAACGUUGGUCAUCCGUCGCACUGAGUUUGAAGACAUGGGCGAAUACAGCUGUUCUACUGGAGAGGACAAGUCUAAGGCCAAACUGACAGUUAAAGAGGAGAGGUACAAGUUCAACAGUGAGCUGCGGGACUGUGAGGUGCCAGUCGGCGGCGAUGCGCGCUUCGAGUGCGAGGUGUCCAGCCCCGAUGCCAAGGUGUCAUGGUUCAGGAACAAGGAGGAACUCACGGCCGGAGAAAAGUACCAGAUCAUCAAGGAUGGGCUCAAGCACGUCCUGAUCAUCAAGAACAUUGAUCUGGAGAAGGACCGAGGACAGUACAUCUGUAAGACCAAGGAUGGUCAGAGUACGGCCAAACUCAUCAUCAGAGCCGCAGGUGCUGAUGCAGCCGCAGAUGCAGAUACAGAUGCAGAUGUAGCUGCACAUGCUGAUUUUGCUGCAGAUGCUGCCAGCAGCGCAGAUGCUGAUUCUGAUUCCGCUGCAAUUGUAGAUCGCUCUCCACGUAAAGAACCACGGGACCGAGGGAAAAGAGAGCGCGAUACGGCGGCGUUAGGCAAAGGUUCAACUAAACCUCCACCCGGAUUCGUCUCAGAACUUAAGAGCUUAACUGGCUUCUUUAAGAAGGAUGUCACGCUAGAGUGUGAAGUAGCGAAGGAAGACGUGAGGGUCAAAUGGUUCAAGAAUGGCAAAGAGAUUAAUUUGGUUAAGCUGAAGGGGAAGUACGACUGCAAGAGCAAUGGCACCAGGAGGAUCCUCAUCAUCAAGAACCUGUUGUGGGACGACACUGCCGAGUACUCGUGUGAGGCACCGGGCGGUUCCACCUCAUGCACCAUGACUGUAGAGGAAACACCCAUAGAAUUCAAGCAGCAGCUGAAGGACAGCAAGGCCUUCCCCAAGGAGUCCGUGACCUUCAUGUGUGAGCUGUCUACUGAGGACACAGAGGUGCACUGGUUUAGGAACGGCACGGAGAUCAAGAUGGGUGGCAAGUAUCAGAUCAAGAAAGAGGGACUGAAGAGGUACCUCAUCAUUACCGGUCUCUCCAUGGAAGACAUGGGUGAAUACACCAUCGAAGCCGGCAUCAAAAAGAAAUUCAAGUCAUCGGCCAAGCUUACAAUGGAAGAAAAGCCCGUUAAGAUAGAGAAGGGUCUAAAAGACGUCAGCGCUCUAGACAAGGACCCAGAACUGAUCCUUGAAGCUACCAUCUCUGAGCUUCAAGGGGAGGUGUCCUGGCUAUGGAACGGCAAACCCAUCCCCAAGGAACACUUCGAUAGCGGCAAGAUCAAGAUGGUGUCUGAUAAGAAGAAGCGGAUGUUGGUGAUCACAAACGUCGGGAAGGACGAUUCCGGGGAGUACACACUGGUGACGAAAGACGGGAAGUCCAGCUGUAAAGUCAGUGUGUCAGACCGGCCUGUGAAAAUAAAAUCUGGCCUGAGAGACGUUAACGCCCGUGAAAGGGACCCAGAAGUGAUCCUUGAGGCAGAGAUCACCAUCCCAGACGGGGAGGUGACGUGGUUGUGGAACGGCCAAGCCAUCCCGGCGGAUCUUCUAUCCAGCGGACGCUUCCAGAUCAUUUCGGACGGCCGGAAACGGAAGUUGAAGAUCAAGGACUUGGAGAAAGCCUACUGUGGAGAGUUCACGUUGGUGACGAACUCCGGAGAAUCCAAGUGCAAGCUAGACAUCUCAGAUCGCCUGAUUAAGAUAAAGGCAGGGUUGAAAAACGUAAAAGCCACUGACAAAGACCCGGAAGUGACGUUGGAGGCUGAAGUCUCAGAACCGGAUGGAGAGGUCACGUGGCUGAGAAACGGGAAGCCAAUCCCCAAGGAGCUCCUCGACAGCGGCAAGUUCCAGAUCAUUGCAGACGGCAAGAAAAGAAAACUGAAGAUUAAAGACUUGGAUAAAGAUGACGCCGGAGAGUUCACCUUGAAAACUAAUGAUGGGACGUCCAAAUGCAAACUGGACGUAGAAGACAGAAAAAUUGGCAUCACCUCAAAACUCAAAGACGUGAACGCUUUAAACAAGGAUCCGGAAGUGACGUUGGACGCGGAAGUUUCCGAGGCUGAUGGUGAAGUCACGUGGCUCAAAGAUGGCAAGCCGAUCCCCAAGAAGCUCCUCGACAGCGGGAAAAUCCAGAUCAUUGCAGACGGGAAGAAGAGAAAACUGAAGAUCAAAGAUCUAGGAAAAGACGACGCGGGAGAGUACACACUAAAAACCAAUGUUGGAACGUCAUCAUGCAGCCUGGGUGUACAAGACCGACCUGUCACAAUUAAGUCCAAGUUGAAGGACAUCAAAGCCUUAAACAAGGAUCCGGAAGUGACGUUGGAGGCCGAAGUGUCAGAGCCUGACGGCGAGGUCACGUGGCUCAAAGAUGGCAAGCCGAUCCCCAAGAAGCUCCUGGACAGCGGGAAAGUCCAGAUCAUUGCAGACGGGAAGAAGAGGAAGCUGAAGAUCAAAGAUCUGGGAAAGGAUGAUGCCGGAGAGUACACACUAAAAACCAACGAUGGAACGUCGUCAUGUAAACUGGAUGUACAAGACCGACCUGUCAAAAUUAAGUCCAAGUUGAAGGACGUCAAAGCCUUGGACAAGGAUCCGGAAGUGACGUUGGAGGCCGAAGUGUCAGAGCCUGACGGCGAGGUCACGUGGCUCAAGGAUGGAAAGCCAAUCCCUAAGAAGCUCCUGGACAGCGGGAAAGUCCAGAUCAUUGCAGACGGAAAGAAAAGAAAACUGAAGAUCAAAGAUCUGGGAAAGGACGAUGCUGGAGAGUACACGCUUAAAACCAACGAUGGAACGUCGUCAUGCAAACUGGAUGUACAAGACCGACCUGUCAAAAUUAAGUCCAAGUUGAAGGACGUCAAAGCCUUGGACAAGGAUCCGGAAGUGACGUUGGAGGCCGAAGUGUCAGAGCCUGACGGCGAGGUCACGUGGCUCAAGGAUGGAAAGCCGAUUCCCAAGAAGCUCCUCGACAGCGGGAAAGUCCAGAUCAUUGCAGACGGGAAGAAAAGAAAACUGAAAAUCAAAGAUCUAGGAAAGGACGAUGCUGGAGAGUACACACUUAAAACCAACGAUGGAACGUCGUCAUGCAAACUGGAUGUACAAGACCGACCUGUCAAAAUUAAGUCCAAGUUGAAGGACGUCAAAGCCUUGGACAAGGAUCCGGAAGUGACGUUGGAGGCCGAAGUGUCAGAGCCUGACGGCGAGGUCACGUGGCUCAAGGAUGGAAAGCCGAUCCCAAAAGAGCUUUUAGACAGCGGGAAAGUUCAAAUCAUCGCUGACGGGAAGAAGAGAAAGCUGAAGAUUAAAGACCUCGGGAAAGAUGACGCCGGAGAGUACACCUUAAAGACGAACGACGGAACGUCUUCCUGCAAGUUGGGUGUAGAAGACCGACCUGUCAAAAUUAAGUCCAAGUUGAAGGACGUCAAAGCCUUGGACAAGGACCCGGAAGUGACGUUGGAGGCCGAAGUGUCAGAGCCUGACGGCGAGGUCACGUGGCUCAAGGAUGGAAAGCCGAUCCCAAAAGAGCUUUUAGACAGCGGGAAAGUUCAAAUCAUUGCAGACGGGAAGAAGAGAAAACUGAAAAUCAAAGACCUCGGGAAAGAUGACGCCGGAGAGUACACCUUAAAGACGAACGACGGAACGUCUUCCUGCAAGUUGGGUGUAGAAGACCGACCUGUCAAAAUUAAGUCCAAGUUGAAGGACGUCAAAGCCUUGGACAAGGACCCGGAAGUGACGUUGGAGGCCGAAGUGUCAGAGCCUGACGGCGAGGUCACGUGGCUCAAGGAUGGAAAGCCAAUCCCAAAAGAGCUUUUAGACAGCGGUAAAGUUCAAAUCAUCGCUGAUGGGAAGAAGAGAAAGCUGAAAAUCAAAGACCUCGGGAAAGAUGACGCCGGAGAGUACACCUUAAAGACGAACGACGGAACGUCUUCGUGCAACUUGGGCGUAGAAGACCGACCUGUCAAAAUUAAGUCCAAGUUGAAGGACGUCAAAGCCUUGGACAAGGAUCCGGAAGUGACGUUGGAGGCCGAAGUGUCAGAGCCUGACGGCGAGGUCACGUGGCUCAAGGAUGGAAAGCCGAUCCCAAAAGAGCUUUUAGACAGCGGGAAAGUUCAAAUCAUCGCUGACGGGAAGAAAAGGAAACUAAAGAUCAAAGGUGUAGGAAAGGACGAUGCCGGAGAGUACACUCUAAAAACCAAUGAUGGAACGUCGUCAUGCAAACUGGAUGUACAAGACCGACCUGUCAAAAUUAAGUCCAAGUUGAAGGACGUCAAAGCCUUAGACAAGGAUCCGGAAGUGACGUUGGAGGCCGAAGUGUCAGAGCCUGACGGAGAGGUCACGUGGCUCAAGGAUGGAAAGCCGAUCCCAAAAGAGCUUUUAGACAGCGGGAAAGUUCAAAUCAUCGCUGAUGGGAAGAAGAGGAAGCUGAAAAUUAAAGACCUCGGGAAAGAUGACGCUGGAGAGUACACCUUAAAGACGAACGACGGAACGUCUUCCUGCAAGUUGGGUGUGGAAGAUCGCCCUGUCAAAAUCAAGUCAGGCCUCAAGGACGUCAAGGCCAUGGACAAGGAUCCGGAAGUGACGUUAGAAGCGGAAGUGUCGGAGCCUGACGGUGCGGUCACGUGGUUGAAGAACGGGAAGCCGAUUCCUCAGGAACUCCUCGACAGCGGGAAGGUCCAGAUCGUUACAGACGGCAACAAGAGGAAGCUGAAGCUGAAGGAUCUGGACAAAGAUGAUGGCGGAGAGUACACACUGGUGACCAACGAUGGGAAGUCCUCCUGUAAACUGAACGUGGCAGACCGUCCUGUGAACAUCGUGUCCGGGCUGCGGGAUGCGGACGUGGUAGAAAACUCACCGGAAGCUGCCCUGGAAGCGGAAGUGUCGGAGGCUGACGGGGAGGUCACGUGGUUGAAGAACGGGAAGCCCAUCCCGAAGGACCUACUGGACAGCGGAAAGCUUCAGGUCGUCGCUGAUGGGAAGAAGAGGAAACUUGUGAUUAAGAACCCUGGGAAGGACGACGCUGGGGACUACACAUUGGUCACCAAAGACGGGAAAUCCAACUGCAAGAUUAAUGUUACAGACGAACCCGUAAAGAUCACCAAAGAGCUCCAGCCCGUUAAAGUAACGGAAGGUGACAAGGCCGAACUGGCGUGCGAAGUACACAAGGUGGGCGCGCAGGUGCAGUGGCUCAAGAACGGCAAACCAAUCCCGGACAAGGACCUGAAAAACAUCAAGAUCGUCGCUGACGGCAAGACACACAAGCUCAUCUUCUUAGACGCUGAACCAAAGGACAGCGGAGAGUAUUCUGUCAAGACUACAGGAGGUACCUCUAACGCCAACGUCAACGUUAAAGAAAUCCCCGCCGGCUUCACGUCCAGUCUGAACAGUGCUGAGUGUGAGUACGGUGAGGACGUCGCCUUCGCUGUGGAACUCACCAAACCCAAGGCGGAAAUCAAGUGGCUCCUGAACGGCAAAGUUAUUGACCCUGACAGGCCACGUGGCAAGUACCAAGUUGUAGCCGAUGGCAACAAGCGCAAACUGAUCGUCAAGAACUGUAACGGCAAGGACAACGGCGAGAUCACGUGUGUGUUCGGGGACAAAGAGGCCACCAGUGAACUCAAGGUCAACGAACCCGUGGGUAUUAAGAAGGGACUGGAGGGCAGCGUGCUAAAGGAGGAAGAGAAGGGAAAACUAACUGUAGAGCUGAACAGGGAGAAACCUGGUGGUGGAGACAUCAAGUGGUACAAGAAUGGGAAGGAGAUCACCCUGGGCGGGAAGUACAAGAUGCAGCGGGACGGGAACAAGUGUUCGCUGCUGAUCGACCCCGUGGACCUGACCGAUAACGCAGAGUUCACCUGUAUGGCCGGAGACUCUUCCACUUCUGCCAAGGCUACUGUGGACGAGAAGCCAGCCCUGAUCACCAGUGAGCUGCAGGUACCAGAGGUUAUUGAAGGUGAAAAGGCGGAGUUCGUCAUCGGGCUAAACAAGGACAACAAACUCGACAAGAUCAAGUGGUUUAAGGACGGUAAGGAAGUGUACGAGUCCGGCCGGAUCAAGCUGCAGCAGCGCGGCAACAACUACGUCCUGGUCAUCAACCGGGCACAGAUGGAGGACGCCGGGACAUGGUCAUGCGAAAUAGACGGCUCGACGUCAAAAGGGUCCUUCGUGGUGAAAGCCCGCUCAAGUCUCUCUCCGGAAGAGCUCGAGUCUCUUCAAAACAGGAAAUCACCUGCUUUGGAAGACGAUGGCGUCAUCAUGUCAGGGUUCGGUAGACCGUUGUUUCAGGACGAAGACUAUCAAUUAACACUCGAGCCUCCACUGAAGAUCACCAGUAAGCUGCGGCGUAUUGACGCCAUCGAGGGGGAGGACGUCAAAUUUGAACUGGAGGUCAGCCGAGAAAACGGCGUGGUCACGUGGUUCAAAGAUGGCGUCGAGAUCAACCCUGCCGCCAAUCCGGACAAGUACGAGAUCAAGGUGAUCGGCCUGAAGCGUGUGCUGAUUGUGAAAGGCUGUUCCCUGGGAGACAGCGGACAGAUCACGGUGGUGGCCGAGAAGGACAAAAAGACUGCCGUGCUGAAUGUGGAGAAGCCGUUCCAGAUGGAGCGGGUCCCCACUUUCACACUGCCGCUGAGAGAUACGGGCUUCUUCGCCGGCAAGACUAUCGUGCUCACAGUCACCGUGAGCGUACAUCCGGAGCCUGACAUCACGUGGACCAAGAACGGGCAGGAGAUCCUACCCGGCGGGAGGAUCAAGUUCUCCAAGGACUACGGCAGGUACACCCUGGAGAUCAUGAACGCCCAGCCGGAGGAUGAAGGGGAGUACGCCGUCACCGCUGUCAACCCGUUCGGCAAGGACUUCACCUCCUGUAAAGUUACACCGAAAACCCGUGGCCACGAGGAAGACUGGUACGUCCCCUUGUUCCGGCGGUACAUGGUCACACAGGAAGUUCUCGCGGGUAAGGAUGCCAGGUUCGAGUGCAAGGUCAACGGCAAUCCUGUGCCUGAAGUAAAAUGGAUGAAGGGAGAUGUCGAGGUCAAGGACGGCCCGCGCCACGUCAUCACAUUUGACGGUAAGACGGCAGCUCUGGAGGUGAGGAACGUCUCCAAGGAGGACCUGGGUACCUACACCUGUAUCAUCACCAACGCCGCAGGGUCUCAGGAGUGCCACGCCGACAUCGCCUUCGACACCGGUCUGCCUGAACGCAAGAAGAAACGGGGUCGCCGUGCUGCCCAGCAGGCUGAAGAAGAGAUAGAGUACAGGAAGGUCACAGAGUACGAAUAUGAAUAUGAUGAGAACGUCAAUGAAGCUGGCGGUGGGAAGUUACGUAAGGUAUCAGAAGAGGAGCUCCAUAAGCUGUUCCUGGAGGUGGAAGCUGAUGAGGCUGAGCGGCUGAAACUGGGACUUACCAUAGAGGAGUGGGAAAUAAGGGAGAUGGAGAGGCUCGGUCUAACCCCUGAACAGUGGAACGCAAGAAAGCGGCAGCGGAUGCUGCUCCUGUCCCAGUUGGACAUGAGCAUGAGGAUGAAGCUCGGCCUGGACAUGGAAAGCGCCACUAUGGUUGACGGCGUGGCUUCAGGAGCCGGUUUUGGUCGGGCUACGCAGGUGGAUGUGCACAUGCACGGGCCCCGGGAACCCAAGUUUAAACUGCCGCUUAGAGAUACCAACUUCCUGGUGGGCGGAACGCUCACUCUUUCUGUAACAGUCAACGUCCACCCCGAGAACAAAGUGAUCUGGUACAAGAACGGACAGGAGAUCAAGGUUGGCGGCCGGAUCCGGACAGGCCAGGACUUCGGCCGGUACACACUGACCAUCCUAGACGCCACAACUGAUGACAUCGGAGAGUACUCAUGCGCCUCACAGAACCCGUAUGGAAACGACAAGUGCACGUGUCAAGUUACUAUCAGAGAACAUGGCCAUGAGGAGUACUUCAGCGCACCACUGUUCCGACGCUACAUGGUGAACUGUGACGCACUGGAGGGGAAGGACGGUACCUUCACGUGUAAGAUCAACGCCAAACCUCAGGCAGAGAUCAGAUGGGAGAGAGAAGGCAAAGAGAUCGUUUCCGACGACCGUCAUAUCAUCCAAUACGACGGCACCACGGCGACCUUGACCAUCAAGGGCGUCCAAAAGAGUGACCUUGGCACCUUCCACUGCACGGCGACCAACUGCGCAGGCGCCGUGACCUGCCACGCGGAGCUGGCCCUUGACCGUGACCUGCCAAUCACCAGGGGAAGGCGAGCUUCAGCAGGUGAGGCCGAUGUGCAGCACCUGAGGCGGCGGGAGUACGAGUUCGAGUUCGCCGACGGUGAUGCCGGAGCUGGCCGUGCCCUUGACGAUGACGACGAAGCCGAACGCCAGCGCCUCGGGCUCUCACUGGAAGACUGGGAUAACCACAAGCGGACGGCGUCCGUCCCACGCCCGGGGCCGUACCAAGCGCGUCCCCGCGGCAGAGCUAGCGUGGACUUCGGCGAUCUCUCCCGCAAACGUUACCACGCCUCCUCCCACUCCUACGUACCCAGGAAACAGAAAUCACGCGGAGCUCACUUAGAUGAGUACUAUAACCAAUCCCUGUGGUACAAGAGGAUAAGACAGUACUACAACGCUCUAUACAGCCCUGGAAAGUACGACCUAGUCUACAAAGUCGGGGACGAGACCCGAUCCCACCUUCACGACGGUUCGUACGACGAUUCUCACCUACACCCCAUCCGUGAACAGGACUUGUCCACAUGGUAUGAACAGAGGGGUUCUGGUCAGGCUGGUUCAGACACAAAUACAGAGCACUACACGUCCAUGAACCAUGUUGGCCGGCGCAGGCCAACUCGCCAGGCGGACUCGGACAGGACCUUAGGGCUGACCACUAUCAGUGAGGACAAGUGGCGACCACAGGAGGUCUGGCAGUAUGAGGUAGAGCUAGCUGAACGCCGGCGACAACGCGACCGCGACGUCGGCGACACAGCCAGCGUCAGUAGCGACUCUAGCGACUACUACAUCAUCCCUGAAAAGUUCGUCCCAACGUACAUGCGCCAGAACACAUACGUAGUGUCCGAUACGGGCCCUGUAGCUCACCACCUAAGCGACGUUGACAUCACCGCCACAAGAAGAGGGGGCGACGUCGACGGCGUGACGUCACGACGUCGCCGGAUAUCAGAAUCUAGCGGGCGUUCGUCUACAUCCGGGAAUCGUCAGUCGAGGGCUCGGAGCUCCCGCUCUCGUUCCGAGAGUAUCGACAGCUGCGACUCUCUGUCCCAGAGUUCCGACUCCAGGCGGAGUCGCAGCGACAGCCUCGGCAGCAUGGACUCCAGCACGACAUUCGCCACCGUCGAUUCGUCCGACGCCUCCCGAGUGGACGCGUGCGCCGAGGGCACGGAACAUACCGACCUGCACACACCCCUCCUCCCCCCGCACAAGGACAAGUUUUGGCACAGUCCGUACGGCAUCAAAUACCAGCAUCACUACGUGCGGUACUUAGGAUCCAGCUCGCUUCGCACGGAUAGCUCCCGCGCAAGAAGUGUGUCACCGACUCCCAGAAGUGCUUCUCCUCUUACGCGCAGCCCCUCCCUGGGGCGUAGCCCCUCUCUGGGGCGUAGCCGAUCACCUUUACCCCGCAGCCUAUCCCCCUUCCCCCGGAGUUCUUCUCUCACACGAAGCCUGCCUCCCCUGGGGGCCCGUAGAGGCCGCAGUUAUGACGACCUUGACGCACUGUACGUCCCAAAACGCACCACUUAUUUAGAUGUUCCUGUGGCGUCUAGUUUGAAGUUUAAGAAACCGUUAACAGGUAGUUAUGACGAUCUGUCCUUCAUCUAUCCCGACAUCUACGGCGGCACCGCAACCCCGAACUGGGAAACGGUUGAGGUAACCCGCAGGUCACGGUCUAAAAAACGCAGACCGCGCAAGCGUAGAGGCGACAGUCCCACGACCCCGCCUAUCAGCGAUGACGAAAUGGAAACCGUGCGCACCAAGUCGAGGCGGCUGAUCAAGCAAGCCGAAGCGGAGCUCGAGAAGGAAAACAUCCAUGGGAGAGUCCCCAAGCUGCCGGACCGACGACACCGCACCACGUCCGCCGCCGGCUCGUACCGCCGGUACUGGACGGACACGGAGGGGUACAGCACCGCCCGGUCAGACAUAGACGACACGGCGUCGCUUCCCGACAGGUGGGCGGACAUGGAGGUGGACAGGGAGGGCGUACCUGACGUCAGCCCCGUGCGUCGCACGGACGCAGGGACCUGGUGGACCUGGUGGAACCCCAACACAGGUGAGUUCGAGCACCACUUCAUGCCGAAACGUCGCGACGUCAAGAUGUCGUCCUUACCUGCCGAUUACGUCAAGGUGCGACGGCGAAAGAUCUCACCUGUACGCAUGAGCUACCAGCGGUCCACCCCACCUGAAGACAUCACAAACCUUAGCUUCGCGCGCUCCGUCUCACCGCUCGAGUCGCCUCAACGCCGCAGGAGAAGACUACACCAAUCCGUACCUGACUCGGACGAUUUCAUGCUAGCAAAGAACAAGUAUUACUUCACAGGUGCCAAGAAAGUCAAAUACUCGUACGACGAGCCGGACGAUAGGCUGCAUAUCUACGAAUACGACACCUCCGGCACGCGAAGAUCCGACCACACCUCGCCUCACUUACACAAGACGCCCAAAGUCACGCCUUACGAAGAGGUGCACCUGAAGAAACGUCGGACGAAAUUCUACACAGGUGACUACGACACCACGUCGGACAUCGACCUCUACUCCACCCACAGGCGUAAGGUCUAUUCAGACUUUGACAUCAAGAAGCGACCACGUUAUGAAGACUAUGACCUCACGUACAAGUACAAACUGCGCUCGGACAAGUUCGCCUCUGACAUGGAUAUCGCGGACAUCUAUAAACCUCGUCCGAGGAGAAGCAGUUUCGAUACGAGCCCGAGUCCGCGUCGAGGUAGCCACGAGUUUGACACCACGUCCUUUACACGUACGUCUCGGUUUGACAGCCUACAAGUCCCGUCCUACCGCCCUAGAGCGUACCAUGGCUCAAUGCUGGACUUGUCUCCUCCUAGAUAUACUCCCUCAACAUCUCGUACAGACGUCAAGAGGGACUACAGUGGGACUAGAAGCCCGAGAGCUUCUUCUCCUACCUACUCUUCCCGCCAUUUCGAUACAUCAACACAUCACACACACCCCAUAACCACCCCCACUCGCUACCAGUACGAAAUGCCGCACGGCUACAAAACCAUGGACGAUAUCGUACUGCCAAUUCUGCACCCUGAAACGGCUCGUAGAGAGCGUCGCGCUUCGGACACAGACUUCCACGCGACGAAACGCGAAAUCAUCAAACACCCUCCCACCUUCAACAUGGAGUUAAAGUCGCGCACAGCAACUGUCAAUCAAGACAUGAAGCUGACAUGUUCCGUAUCCGGAAGACCGGAUCCGGAAAUUCGGUGGUACAAGGACGGAGAGGAGAUCCACGACUCCGAGAGGUACUGGAUCAAGGAGAACUACGGAGUGUGUCAGUUGGAGAUAUUCCGGAUUACUCCGGAGGACGCUGGAGAAUACAGGUGUGAGGCAAGGAACGACGCCGGCCAUGCUCGCUCCUUCUGUAGGCUCAAUGUCACAGAUCUCCGUGGAGAAGCCAAGGAUGACAAGGAGCCGAUGUUUAAGACGAUGAUCACCAACACUAAGGUGGACACAGGAGACAUCGUGAUCUUCGACGUCUGGGUCCUGGGCAGCCCCAAACCUACUGUCAAAUGGUACAAAGACGGAUUGGAGAUCCGAGACGGAGGCCGGAUUUCUAUCCGGAGUGAGCGGCAGUGCUACUAUCUCACCAUCCGGAACGUCAUGCCCUCAGACGCCGGGCUGUACGCAUGCGUGGCCGAGAACAGAGUCAACAGGACCACCAAUGAGGCUAAGUUGACAGUUGGUGGUGGCAAGUAUGCGUACGAUGCCCCCACCCGUGCCAAACGCCCCACCGUCGAGGUGUCCGCUCACCCCAGCGAGGGCGGCAUCUCUGUUCGUGACGUCACCGAGAAGCCCAUCUCCGUUUCCCUGGCAGCGGCCACGCCUAGCGACUUCCCUGACGACCAGUACCUUCUCGUUCCCACGGUGGAAGCCAACGCCGUGGAUAGGGGCGGCUUUUUCCGGGUCACGACCCCGGAAAUGAUUGCUCUAGAAAGGGACGGUUUUGUCAAGGUGACCACACCGGCGAUUGAGGUAGAUGAUGCUUUUCCAACGGUUAAACCUGCCAGCGCCUUCAGGGACCAGGAUGUUAUGGACGAAGAGGAGAAGAGCAAACUCAGGCAGCUUAAAGACGAGAGGGAGAAAAUCAAACACCUUAAAGACAAGAAACAACAGAAGGCCGGUCCAGACCAAGACGAUCAAGGCGAUAAGGGCAAAAGAAGCUCUUCAGCUGAAAGAAAAGGACAACUCAAAAGGACACCAUCUGAGGAAAGAAAGGCCAAGUUUGAAGAAAAACGCAAAGAAGAACAAGCAUAUCUAACACCUACUUCCGACCAAGAGGACGAAGAGUCAGACCAAGAAAGAGGCCGAAAGAGGGACAAAAAGAAAGCUGAUGAAGCUAAGAAAAAGGCCGAAGAAGCCAAGAAGAAAGCAGAGGAAGCUAAGAAAAAAGCAGAACUAGAGGCCAAGAAAAAGGCCGAAGAAGAAGCCAAGAAGAAAGCCGAAGAAGAUGCCCGGCGAAAGGCAGAAGAAGAAGCCAAGAAGAAAGCCGAAGAAAAAGCGCGGCGAAAGGCUGAGGAAGAAGCCAAGAAAAAAGCUGAAGAAGAAGCUAGGAAAAAAGCAGAACUAGAGGCCAAGAAACAAGCCGAAGAAGAAGCUCGGCGAAAGGCCGAAGAAGAAGCUAAGAAAAAAGCCGAAGAAGAAGCUAAGGCUAAGAAAAAAGCAGAAGAAGAAGCCAAGAGAAAAGCCAAAGAAGAAGCCAAGAAAAAGGCCGAAGAAGAAGCUAAGAAAAAAGCCGAAGACGACGCUCGGCGAAAAGCAGAGGAAGAGGCCAAGGAAAAAGCUGAAGAAGAGGCCAAGAAAAAAGCAGAAGAAGAGGCCAAAAGAAAAGCCGAAGAAAAAGCACGGCGACUUGCAGAUCACAAGGCCAAGAAAAAAGCUGAGGAGGAGCGUCGCCGCAAGGAGGAGGAGGAGGCCGCUGAAAUCCCAACAGAUGAGGUUGACGCUGACCUUGAAGAACCUCUCGAUGACCUUGAUCUCGAAGAAGAAGAAGAGAUGCUCAUCAACGGUGACCUCGCCAGCCCGAAGGAACCCGAGGAGAUUCCCGUCAAGCCCAAGUUCAUGGACAAGUUCAAGGGCACCCUGGUGGUGGAAGAGGGCGGGACCCUGACCUUGACCUUCAAGGUCAUGGGAGUUCCGACCCCUAAGAUCACCUGGAUGCAGGGAGACAAAGUCCUUAAGCCCUCACAACGGAUAAAAAUGACGUCGUCCGAUGGUGACGUCACGAUAGUGGUGAAGGCGGUAACCAUGGAGGAGGCCGGGAUUUACACCUGUGUGGCCGAGAACUCCGCAGGAGAGGCCUUCUGCUCGGCAACCAUCAAGGUCAAAGCCAAACCCAAGAUGGAAAGCCCUAAGAUCAUCCUGAGGAAGACCCGAGUUACCGCAGGGGAAGGGGACACUGUUCGUCUGGAAGCUAUCGUUAAAGGAGAAGAAGUCAAGGUGCAGUGGACUCAGGACGGGACUCUCCUUAGGGACAGUCAGGAAACAAGGUAUGAGAGGAAAGGAGAGACCUUUGCUUUAGUCAUUCCAUUGGUGGAAAAGGAGGAUUCUGGGAAGUACACAGUCGAGGCUUCCAACGAGGGAGGGAAGGACGAGGCUACAGUUCUACUGGUAGUCAAAGACAUGUCUAUCCCAGCCCGUAUCCUAAAGAAGCCAGAGUCCACCUCUGUGCUGGAGGGGGAGCCUGCAGCUUUCUCAUGUGAGGUAGAGGGCUCUCCUCCACCAACAGUUUCCUGGGCUAAGGAUGGCCGACUCCUCCACGAUGACGGCCGUGUGAGCCUGCGGACAGAAGGGAAGACUCACACACUGGAGAUCACCAAGACUCUCAUCAGUCACAGCACAGACUACGUCUGUAUGGCCUCCAACAAGCAUGGAGAGGAUAAGUGUGACUUCUCCUUGACUGUUGAAGAACUUCCAGUUCCUCCUGUCUUUAAGAAGACACCCAAGGAUGAGACUGUGGAGGAAGGAAAGUGGGUCAAGUUUGUGUGUGAGGUGGAUGGAGCCCCUGCUCCUGAAGCCCAAUGGUACAGAGGAGACCAUCUCAUCACCACCACUGGUCUCUGUCGUGUCCGUUCCUCCUCCUUCACUCCUUUACUCGAGAUCUAUUCCGUACGCGUCGAGGACGCCGGCAACUACAAAUGUAUCGUUAAGAACGACGGCGGAGAGAUUUCCUGCCAUUUCAAACUGGGCGUGACCGCCAAGCCGACGUCUCCGCGAAUCACGAGGAAGCCAACAUCCGCAACGGUUAAGGAAGAACAGAAAGCGACAUUUACCUGUAGAGUGACAGGGUAUCCCCGUCCUGAAGUCACCUGGUCCAAGGACGGCCGUACCAUCCAAGAAGACGAGCGUCACCUCAUCGCAAUUGACGGGCAAACUUACACUCUGGAGAUCCUGUCAGCAGUGUUCUCUGAUGAGGGAAACUGGGCAUGUGUGGCGCGUAACAAGCGUGGCCAGGACAAGUGCAUCUUCACCCUGACUGUCCAGGAGAAACCCUUCCCUCCAGAGUUUGUCAUCAAACCCAAGUCCACCACUGUAGAGGAGGGACAGGAAGCGGUGUUCGAUGUACAGGUCGAUGGAGAACCUCAGCCUAAAGUGAUCUGGCUGAAGGAUGAUGAGGAGGUAGUCCACACCAGGAAGCACCAGAUCAUCGAUGACGGAGACAGACACUCCCUGGUCAUCCCUUCGGCCGCGGUCAGCGACGCAGGAAAGUACGUCUGCAAGGUCAUCAACUCUGAGGGAGAGGUGUCAUGCGACUUCAACUUCAAUGUGAACAAGAAGCCAUGCCCACCUGAGUUCCUGACCAAGCCUCGGUCUGGCAUCAUUGAUGAGGGAACCAAUCACAGCUUUGAGUGUGAGCUGGGAGGAGAGCCCCUACCUGUUGUCACUUGGCACAAGGAGGGGAAACAGCUGUCCCAGGAUGAGCGUAUCCGGAUCAGAACGGAGGACAACAAGGCCUUCCUGAGUCUGCUCCCUACAGAGAUGGCCGACAGCGGCAAGUGGAGUGUCAUCGCCAAGAACGUUCGCGGGCAGAAGAAAUACGAGUUCACCCUGUCCAUCCGUGAGGUGCCAGUUCCCCCAGAGUUUGUUAAGACCCCAGAGUCCAUCACUAUAGAUGAGGGGGAGGCAGCAGAGUUUGUGUGUGAGAUCACAGGGAAACCUGCUCCAAUGGUGAACUGGUACAUAAACAACACCCAGGUAAAACAGGACGCCCGGCACACUGUCUCCUCUGAAGGCACAAUCUACUCACUGGACAUCAAACCUGCACUCAUCACAGACAAGGGCAACUACAAGGUUGUUGCCCGAGGUGCGAAUGAGCAGCAGACCAGUGAGUUUAAGCUGACUGUGAGAGAGAAGUUCUCCCCUCCCACCUUCCCUAAGGCUCCACAGGACAUCACAGCUGAUGUGGACAAACCCAUCAAGGUUACUGUGGAGAUCAAGGGAGAACCUAAACCAUCAGUGAAAUGGACCAAGAAGGAUAAGAAGACCAAGGUUCUGGAAGGAGGCGAUGGCUACAGCAUCACAUCUUCAGGUAACAAGUACACACUUGAGAUCCCGUGUGCUGACUUCAAGGACUCUGCAGAAUACACCAUCGAGGCAAGCAACAUUCGAGGGUCUGCCUCCAAGUCCUUCAAGAUCGAUGUGGUGGAAGUUAAGGUUCCUCCAGAGUUCCUGAAGAAGCCAGGAGAACAGACAGUGAUGGAAGGGGACACUGUGGAGUUCAGAUGUGAGGUAGAUGGGGACCCAGAACCUCAAGUGAUCUGGUCCAAAGACAGCUGCCCCAUCCAUGAGGGAGGCCAGUUCUCCAUCUUUACUGAGGACUUCAGCUCCUCCCUGGAGAUCUCUAAUGUCACUUUGGAUAACAAGGGAACAUACGUCUGCACCAUCCGCAACAAGCACGGUGAGAAGAAGUGCAACGUCACGCUGAACGUUGAUGAGAGACCCUUCCCACCUGAGUUCCUGGAGCCGCCUGCCUCCCAGACUGUGGAGGAGGGCAAGAGUGCAAAGUUCACCUGUGAGGUGGAUGGAGAACCUGCUCCUAAAGUUUCUUGGGCAAAGGAUGGUCGAACUCUCCAGCAAGGAAAACGCUACAAGAUCUCGGGUGACGAAUUCUCGUCCACCCUGGAAAUCCCCACCGUCCUAGUGACCGAUGGCGGCUCAUAUGCCUGUGUCCUGGAGAACGCAGAGGGCAAAGUGACGGAAGAGUUCACUCUCACUGUACAGGAGGGGGAUCAAAAGGAGAUCACACAAGACCAGCUGCAAUCUCUACUAAGUUCCAUUGACAGUGGUUCCACAGAAGAUACUGACAUGUUUUACAGCAUCGAUGAGGCGUCUCCGCCUGAGUUCAAGUCUGAGCUGAAGGACAUAAUUUGCACAGAAGAUGAGGAGGUUGUGUUCACCUGUACGGUAAUGGGAGCUCCGGACCCUCAGAUCACCUGGUACAAAGAUGGGAAGAACAUCAAGCCCUCCAAGUACUUCAAGAUGUCUUACGAUGGAGAGACGGCAGAGCUGACGUUAGACGGAGCCUUCCCUGAAGACUCUGGAGUGUACACCUGUACUGCAAGGAACCCUGCAGGAGAUGUGUCAAAAUCAGCAAAACUAACUGUUCAAGAACUUGAAUCACCAUUAAAGAGAGGCGUAUCUGAGGAAGAGGAUGAGACUGCUGGACCAAGCCCCCCUAAGUUCAGCCGGGCCCUGCAGGAUGAGGUUUGUGAGAAGAACAGCAUCGCACAGCUGACCUGCAAGUUGUCGGGUAACCCCAAACCUAGGGUGACUUGGAUGAAGGGAGACACAGUCCUGACAGAAGGAGAUCGUUACGAGAUUUUCGAAGAGAAGGGCAGUUUCAACAUGGAGAUCUACGACACGUUGCCUAGCGACAGUGGAACCUACACCUGUGUGGCAUCCAACGCUCACGGAACGGUCAAGUGCAGCGCUGAACUGCUCAUAGCUGAUGGAGAUGAGCUUGAGGCAGCAGAGGAGGACAGAGAAGGGAUGUUCGCUAGAAAGACACUUCCACCUGCAGACGAAGAGGAGGAGGAGCUCAGCUCUGAGGGCACGGCCAACACCGUCACCGAGUCGCACCCUUUCUCAGAAGAUCAGGAGGUGAGGUCCACACGUGUGCCUUCCAUCCCCUCACCUGUCCAUCGUGUGCCUCCACCCGAAUCACCACCUGUGGCAGGUGACGUGUCACCUUUCCAUUCCCGGGCGCCACACGGGACAGGUGUUGCUGUGAAGGGUGUGCCUGCUGGUGAUGAUGAUGAUGAUGCACUGCAUGCUGGAGGCCUGACCAAGCCCUCUGCGGCUAAACCGGCCACGAAACCAAAAUGGCCAAAGGCCCAGAAGGGCCCGUCGCAUGCCAGGGUGGUAGUACUAGACGAGUCAUCAGGCCGACUCGAUCUUGACAGUGACGACAAGCCUGAGGAUUUGGAAGUGCAUGCUGGGAAAGUUUUGGGCAUCACAGAACGAGGUAAACCCUCAAGUGUAAGUUCUUCACAAUUCAAAUCCAAGCCAACCACCAUCCAUGACCAAGACUCAUUCGUUCAUUCCCAGCCAAAAGAACUACUAACACCUUCCAUCACGCCAUGUCAAGACACACAUAUGCAUGCCUCUCUCUCCAAAGGUGGAAGACUAGAGAGGCCAGAACUGCACAGAGUAGACCGGGAAGGAGCUAGCAAAGAUUUCCAUACAGAGGAGGACACAGCCGUCUCCAUAGAUCAAACCGACAGUGUUGUGAGUCCCACUGCUGGCAGUGGUGAUUUCCAUGUUGACUUAGAUUCAGGAAAGCCUCAGAAACAGGACAGUGACUUAAGACGAAGCAAGUCUAAAGACUUGGACGUAGACAUUGACACUGGGAAUGAAGUUUACGACAAACCGUCAGCAGGACUUGAAGUGUCACAGAAAACUUCUUUAGAAGAAUACGCAAAGAAACCAGACAGUAAUGGAGUUGAGAGACAAGAAGGCUCACAAAGGAAAGAUAUUGACAGACAUCCAAAGCCAGAGAAAGACGAUGACAAAACAAGAAAGCAACCUACAGACAACCUGGAGAUAGAGCUAGAAUCACAGAAUGAAGUGUACCCCAAGACUGCAGAUGGUAAACCUGAGACAAUAUCAGGCAUCAGAAUGACUACAAAACUUGAAGAAGAGGAGUAUUCACAAAUGGUUCACACAAACGACCUGGAAAUACACAUGUCAGCUCAAAGAGAGACAUACCCAAAGCCUGCCAAGGCAACUAUUAUAACAGACAGACCAGCAUUUGACCAGUCAAGAAAGAGUACAGAUCGUGAAUCUGAAAACGGUUUAGAUCUCAGAGAUUCAAAAGCACUGGCAGAAGAAGAAGAGCCACCAAAGUCAACAGAUGACCUGAAAGUACAGCUAGAUUCACAACGUGAGGUAUAUCCUACAAGAAUAACGCAGAAGACAACAUAUGAAGAAUCAACAAAGAGUUCAGAAGAAGAGCCUGAAAGGGGUGUGGGUCUCAGAGCAUCAACUAAACUCGAGGAAGAGGAGUAUCCACAAAAGCCAGCAGACAAGCUUGAAGUACAGCUAGACUCACAGCGCGAAGUGUAUCCCACAAGAAUAACACAGAAAACAACAUAUGACGAAUCAACAAAAAGUAUUGAUGACAAGCCUAAGAGAGACAUGGACAUCAGAGCAUCAACAAAACUUGAAGAAGAAGAGUAUCCACAAAAGCAGCCUAAGCCAAAGGAUGACGUAGAAAUUCAGAGGGAUUCAAAACGUGAUGUGUAUCCCAAAAGAAUAUCACCAAAGACAACGUACGAGGAAUCAACAAAGACAACAGAUGAUGAGCCAGAAAAAAGUGUAGGUCUCAAAACAUCAGCAAAACUCGAGGAAAAAGAGUUGCCCAAGUCAAAAGAUGACCUAGAAAUACAGUUGGACUCACAACGUGAAGUGUAUCCCACUAGAAUAACACAGAAAACCACCUAUGAGGAAUCAACAAAGAGUUCAGAGGAAGAACCAGAAAGAGGAGUGGGUCUCAAAACAUUAGCAAAACUCGAGGAAGAAGAGUAUCCACAAAAGUUGCCUAAGUCAACAGAUGACCUGGCAAUACAGUUGGACUCACAAAGUGAGGUGUAUCCCACUAAGAUAACACAGAAAACAACCUAUGAGGAAUCAACAAAGAGUUCAGAAGAGGAACCAGAAAGAGGUAUGGGUCUCAGAACAUCGACAAAACUUGAGGAAUCAGAGUCACCUAAGCCAGCAGAUGACUUAGAAGUACAACUGGACUCACAACGUGAUGUGUACCCAACCAGAAUAACACCAAAAACAACUUACGAGGAGUCCACAAAGAGUCCAGACGACAAGCCUGAAAAAGGUUUGGGCAUAAGAGCAUCAACAGGACUUAAGGAAGACGAGUAUCCACAAAAGACACCAAAACCAACAGAUAAUCUGGAAAUACAGAUGGAUUCACAACAAGAAGUUUAUCCCACGAGAAUAACACAGAAAACAACAUAUGAGGAAUCAACAAAGAGUAUAGACGACAAGCCAGAAAGAGGAUUGGGUCUCAGAACUUCAACAAAACUCGAAGAAGAAGAGUAUCCCAAGAAGUCAACGAAGCCAACAGACGUUACUGCACAAAUUGAAACAGAUCGUGAAGAGUUUCCCUCAUCCAAACCUGGAAUUAAGAUAUCACAGAAGACAUCUUAUGACGAGUCUACAAAAGAAGAUGCUCCAGAUGAGCUCAAGCCUGAAGUUGAAAUCCAAAAGACAUCAGAUGAAAACGAAACAGAGAUCAAGACAUCUACACAACCACCUGCCAAACCUGGUAUAAAACAGAAGACUGGCUAUGCUGAAACAUUAAGAAGUACACCAGACCAUGAGCAACAGAAAGAGGAAUCUGUUGGACAGGAAAAUGGUGUUUCCUCAAUGACAGGGAGAAUUCUUCAAGAUGAACCAUCUACAGAAUCCAGUAUUCAGACAACUGUAAGUCCAAGGCCAAAAGAAUUGUCAGAGGGCUUGGAAACUGAAGAAAGUUUUGUGGAUGCUGAAGAAUCGCAAGCUCCAUCAAAGCAGACUCUUUCAGGAGAGAGACUCUCUCCUCCAGGUAGAGAAAGCAUGACUGGUGCUGCAUUAUUUAAAGUAAUAACACCUGAUGCAGACAAAAGCAGCAGUACAGUCAGUACUCCAUCAGUACUGGGGGAAGCCGAGCUGCACGAUGAAGACUUGAGUCCGUACGUAUCUGCUGACGAAGAACAGACUGACCAUCAUGUACAGCAUAUUCCAUCUGAUCAUGUAACACCACUGCCAUCCUCAGAAUCAGCCCCAUUCCAUAAGGUUCCAUCUGCCAUAACACCAUUGAUAUCACAAUCUGCGGAUGAGCAGGUUUCUGUGACAAAGAAGCCUGUCACAGGGGAGGGGCACAGGCAAACUGACAUUGAUGUUAGUACUGAACAACAACAAGAUAAGCCAUCUCUCCAGAUAAGGGGUAAAGGUAUGAUUGAAACACAAGAACUAAGAAAGGAUAAGGCAACUGUUGGUAUCUUGGAAGGACAAGAGGUUUCUUUCAAAGUAGAUGGUGAUGGUAAAAUGUUGAAAGUAAUGGGAAUUCCUCAGCUAGAAUCAGGUAAAGCUGGAAGCAGUGAGGACAUCAGCAUAAAGUUAACAUCAUCCGAUGAGGCAAGCCCAUCUUUCGUGGAGCAAAGAAGUGCCAGAGAAGAAAGGUUACCAUUGGACAGAGCUGCAGAAGCAGAUUCCAGAAGAGAACAAUCUUACACCGACGGCAGUGAUAGUUCAGAAGACCUAGAAAGCUCCACAGAGGUUGAGGCUCUCUUCAAACAACCCAUGCAACGGAGGACAAGUGGUGAACUCGUCUUCGACAGCAGGGAACGUCUGAUGCAAAAGGCAGAAACUGUUCUUUCCAACCUCGCAGAAAGGGGACUACAACACGUUGCAAAAAUACAGAGCAAAAGAAUGAUGGAAAGAAGAGCAGAUGACACAGACAGUCACAAACUGGUGAGUCCUGUACAAAGUAGAAUAGAGGAAGAAGAUGAGAGGGAGAGAGAACUAACCGACAGGUUUGCCUCAAGAGAGGCAAGCAGUAUCAUAGACGAUGUCUUGAAAUCUGAGGAAAUGUCAAGAUUACUUGGCUUAAAGGCUGGAGAACCUUACAGCAGUGAGGAGGUAUUGCAUGAAGUAUACUCAUCAGAGGGUAGUGAUGAAGCUAGUUCUGAUGAAGACAUUCGUUCCCAUUUGUACCACUCACAAGGUAUAGAAGAUCUUUCUCAUGCAGCAAGUGAGCUAGAACUUGAUACAGAAAAGGAAACUCAAAAAUCUUUGGUACAUUCUGCAGAAUCUAGUUCAAAGGAUAGGGUGACAAGAAUAGAUGAAUUAGACAGACCUAGGGCUAUAGAAACAGAUCAAAAUCUAGAAAACCUAUUGUACCAACAGUUGGAGAAGUAAGGAAGGUUAGGAAACCGGAUGUUGAGUUGGAAUAUUUCACUUCAGAUGACAUAAAAAAAGGAAGACUUGCCUUUGCAAAAAUGUUGCAAGAAAAGAAGUCGGAAAGCAGGGAUAGUGAUGACAGUAGCAAAGAUCUAAGACCUUCCAAAUUGGAACCUAAAGGCUC